AUGAGUCUGUUUUCAUUGAUGACAUUGUUCGAAAUACUUCGAAGUCGUCAUCUGGUUCAACAUCGGCUCGGAAUGUUCUUUUCCAAGGCUACUGGGUUCACGCAGCAAUACGCCACACGCCUUCUCAGAAAGACAGAACUGAGUCGACAGAGGCAAGAGCUGCGCGCUACAAUCUCCAUCGUAUUGAUAAUAUUACUCUAUUUGUUGCUGCAUUCUCUUCGCCUGUACAUAAUAGCACGAAAAUGGCAGCUACUGUUGAACCAUCAAUGCCCAACAAGAUCCGACUAUUUUCACUCCUAUAUCGCCCAUCUGCUUUCAAUGAUCUCUGCUACUGUCAACGCCUUCGUGUUCAUUGCUUUCACAAAUCGGUUACGACGAUAUUUCCAGCUGUUGAUACGUAAGACAAGCCGGACGCUAUCAAAUUCCAGUGAUCCUCCGCUUUCGCCAAGAAAUACAUUCAGUACUGAUAAUGGUAAUACUGCGCGUAAUGAACAAAACAUUUUGUUGUAG